AUGGAGAGGCCACGCAAGCAGAGUUGUGGAGAUGAAAGACAGUCAGCACUAUCCCGAGGAGUGGCUGUCUACACUGGCACCAGAAUUAUGCCUGAAGUCAUGUCUGAAGUCACAUCUGGAGAAACCAGGACCCAUAAUCCUCACCAGGAUAGUUCUGUACAAGACGAUUGCCUCCGUUAUGGUCGUUAUGAUCGCACCGAGGGCGUUGCACCUCCCAGCUACGAGCAAGAGUACACGCCACCUGCCGGGGAAGCCCGCCUCACCCUCAGCCGUAUCGAGCGCAACGGGCCUCCCAGGUACGCGCAAGGGGAGAUGCCGCCUUCGUUCCCUUAUUGUGAGGACGGUCCGGCGUGGACGCGCUAUCACUCGGCACCGCGCCAAAACUACGUAAACAGCGGUCUCAUGCGCCUUCCUGACAACGUCCUUGCCCGCAUCAUGACUUACGUCGACAAGGACUCGGUGCUCCGCUUACGGCACGCCUCGCGCACAUUUAUGCGCGUCUUCUCUGAUUGCCAUAACUUUUCAGGGCUGUGGCUUCCUGACCCGAGGCGCCUGCUUCCAUACGUCUGGAGGGCACCCAACUGUGCAUAUCCGGGGCAGGGGAAGCCCAAGUUUUGCUCGUCCUGCGAGGAAGUCCGCAGCGGCGACGACGUCGCGCUCGUCAAGAGCAUGAAGCACCUGUGGUGCUCCGGCUGCCAGAAGCACCACUCCGAGAUGCACUUCUCGGUCAUGCAACGCCCGCUCCCGAACCACGCGAGGAUCUGCAUCGGCCGGGAGGGCUUUGUCAAAUUCUGCUCGCACGGAUCGCUCAGCUGGAUGCAGAUGUGCAGCAUGGCCCUGGCGGCAAAGGGCUCCAGCGAAAUGAAGUGCACCCAGCAUGACGCUGAGGGCGUCGACUGCACGCACGAGAGAUGCGAUUAUCCUAAUGUGGCGGCGGUCGAUAUCAAGCCCGGAAAGAAUGGGGGGUACGAAAUCCAUUUCGUAAGCAACACCCACAUCCCAUUCUACAGCGCCGACGACGAGAAGCCCUACUGGGCUGCCGUCUGCCGGGCCAUCCACAAGGCCGUGAACCCGGACGACGCAGACUUGUUUGUGCCCAGUCGGCGCUUCGCCGGCUGCGACCCCAUAGCCGUCUUUGGCCCCAACCUCUGCAGCUGCCUCAAUUGGAACGUCGCGGCCAGCGAGGAGGAGCAGUCCACCGCUCCGGGCUUCAAGUGGCGGCUCAGCGACCGGGCCUGCGGCGACUUUCGCGGCGAUGCGACGGAGGAGGCCGAGUACGGCGGCAUGCCGCUCGGCGAGGUCGACUUUGAUACGGACCGCUGCCAGGGGGCCGAGCACGACAUCUAUCUGCGCGUCGGCAACCGCGACGUCUACAUUAUGUUUCUCCACUGCCUCAACGACGGCAACAUGCUGGUUCUGCGACAGUCGUCGGUCAUCUACGUCUCGUCCCCCACAGAUCCCGAGUGGGAGAACCUCAUUGACCGGAACAGCGUCCGGCUGACCGCCGACUCGGACAUGCUCGGCAAGACGUGGUGCGGCCGCGAGGACUGCGCCGUCAACACGCUUAAGAAGCGGGGUCGCUCGCUCGGAGACGUUGAGCUGGCCGUCAUGAAGGCGGCCGAGCAGGCCGCCCUGAAGGCGGCCGCGUCGCAGGACUGGCUCUCCGCCAUGAAGGCUCAGAUGGACCUUGCCAAGGCGGGGGCCAGGAGGAUGGCGCUGAUGGCGCAGACGUUGUGGUGGAAGGCUCAGAUGAUCAGAGCUUCCGACCAACCGCAACCUAGCCCCCCUGAUAUUGAUGACACGGAAGACGAGGAGAGCGACGAUAGCGACGACAGUAACGAUAGCGACGAUAGUGACGAUAGCGACGAUAGCGACGAUAGCUACGAUAGCGACGAUAGCUACGAUAGCGAGGAUAGCGAGGAUAGUGAAGAUAGCGACGAUAGCGACGAGAGCGAGGAGUAG